AGCUGGGCACUGGGGACUCAGCUUUGUGCUGGAGAGCAGCAGGAGGACCAGCGUGGAGCCAGAGUUCAUCUAGAGGCAGAGGAACCUCACAGAGCUCCCUGGGAAGGCCGGACUUAGCCUGUUUCAGGCACACUACCUUGGUUUUCAGGAGAGCGAGGAGGCUGCGUGGUCGGGGUGUCUCUCUGGAGCAGAUUCUGUGGACGCCGGCUUCUGGAGUCUGGGAGGGAGACCGCCGUUAUUUCAUCAGCUCUUUCAGUCAAGCCCUCCCUGCUUUUGUGGCCACCUCCCCAGGCAAGGUGCCUGCAGAGCCAUGAGGAAGCGGCAUGUGGUGCUGACCUUGCUGGCCGUGGUCCUAAUAGUGAUUCUUAUCAUUGUCCUGUGCCUUUGCCUGUUCUCGAUCUCCCAGUCACACAGCCACGUCUACCCCAAGGCAGCUGUGGCCACAGAUGCCAAGUAUUGCUCAGAGAUCGGGAGGGACGUGCUGAAGGACGGCGGCUCGGCGGUGGACGCUGCCAUCGCGGCCCUGCUGUGUGUGGGGCUCAUGAACGCCCACAGCAUGGGCAUCGGGGGCGGCCUGUUCCUCACCAUCUACAACAGCACCACGCGAAAAGUUGAGGUCAUCAAUGCCCGCGAGGUGGCCCCUGGGCUGGCCUCCGAUGACAUGUUCCACAGCCCGGAGCAGGCACAGGAAGGGGGACUGUCGGUGGCGGUUCCCGGUGAGAUCCGAGGCUAUGAGCUGGCCCACCAGCGGCACGGGCGGCUGCCCUGGGCUCGCCUCUUCCAGCCCAGCAUCAAGCUGGCCCGCCACGGCUUCCCUGUCGGGAAGGGCCUGGCGGCAGCUCUGGAAACAAGCCGAGCUGUCAUUGAGCGGCAGCCCGCGCUGUGCGAGGUGUUCUGCCGGGACGGAAAGGUGCUGCGGGAGGGGGACAUAGUGACCAUGCCGCGGCUGGCCGACACGUACGAGACGCUGGCCUCGGAGGGGGCCCAGGCCUUCUACAACGGGAGCCUCACAGCCCAGAUUGUCAAGGACAUCCAGGAGGCUGGGGGCAUCAUGACCAUCGAGGACCUGAACAACUACCGUGCUGUGCUGAUAGAGCACCCACUAAACAUCAGCCUUGGGGACGCCCAGCUCUAUGUGCCCAGCGCCCCACUCAGUGGGCCGGUGCUGGCUCUUAUCCUCAACAUCCUCAAGGGGUACAACUUCUCCCCGGCGAGUGUGGAGACACCUGAACAGAAAGGUCUGACCUACCACCGCAUCGUGGAGGCCUUCCGGUUCGCCUAUGCCAAGAGGACCCUGCUUGGGGACCCCAAGUUUGUCAAUGUGCUGGAGGUGGUCCGCAACAUGAGCUCUGAGUUCUAUGCCGCCCAGCUCCGAGCCCGGAUCUCUGAUGACACCACUCACCCGUUCUCCUACUAUGAGCCUGAGUUCUACACACCUGAUGAUGGUGGCACAGCCCACCUGUCCGUGGUCACAGAGGAUGGCAGCGCUGUGUCGGCCACCAGCACCAUCAACCUCUACUUCGGUUCUAAGGUACGAUCACGGGUCAGUGGGAUCCUAUUCAAUGAUGAAAUGGACGACUUCAGCUCCCCCAACAUCACCAACCAGUUCGGGGUGCCCCCCUCACCAGCCAACUUCAUCAAACCAGGGAAGCAGCCGCUCUCGUCCAUGUGUCCGGCAAUCAUCGUGGGCCAGGAUGGCCGGGUCCGCAUGGUGGUGGGUGCGUCUGGGGGCACGAAAAUCACCACAGCCACUGCGCUGGUAGGUGUCCCCCAUUUGUCCCCCCAGCCCCUGCCCCUGGGCCACACUGACACCCCCCUCCACCGCCCCCAGGCCAUCAUCCAUAACCUGUGGUUUGGCUACGAUGUGAAGCGGGCAGUAGAGGAGCCCCGACUGCACAACCAGCUUCUGCCUAACACCACGACCCUGGAGAAAGACACUGACCAGGCGGUGGUUGCAGCUCUGAAGACCCGGCACCACCACACUGAGGUCACUUCCAACUUCAUCGCUGUGGUGCAGGCCAUUGUCCACACGGCUGGUGGAUGGGCAGCGGCCUCAGAUUCCAGGAAAGGCGGGGAGCCUGCUGGCUACUGAGUGCUCAGGGCGGGCCAGGCUGACUGGCGGCCUAAGGAUGGGAUGCUCACUGGGGCCAAAGUGGGACUUGGAGGGGAUUUGCUUCCCCUGUGAGUGGCAAAGCAGUGCAAUAAAUGGGGGCUGCAGCAUCAGGCUCCGGGCAGCCUUGCCAGCCAGGCUCCCAUAUCCCUGGA